AUGUCGUUUGUCAAGGCACCUCUGCGCUACCUCUUCAAUAAGUCAGUCGAGGCCGCCUUCAACACUUCGGCAUCCUCCCCCGCCUCUUCCACCGCCGGCCCUUCGGUCGUCGACGCAGACACCCAGUCCGACGAUGCCGCCUUCUACCGGCAGCACCAGCCUGGCUUCUCCCAGAAUCCCGCAUCGCGCCACGCUCACAACGCCGUAGGCGGCAGGUUCAAGCCCCAGUACACUGCCCCUCUCCACCACCCUCACGACGAUGCGGAAGCGCAGAGGCUCUACAACCACAUACGCACCGUCGCCUGGUAUCUCGAUGCGUUGCCCCUCCUCGGCAAGGGCCUGCCCUUCAACCUCGGCGUCGAUUCCAUCUUGGGCUUCAUUCCGGGCCUCGGAGACUACCUCGGCCUCCUGCUCGGCGUGUACCAGAUCUAUCUCUGUUCGCUCUUUGGCCUGCCGAUCCAGGUGCUGGCCUGGAUGGUACUCAACGUCAUCAUCGACUGCUUCCUCGGGCUCAUCCCCCUCGUCGGCGACCUCCUCGACGUCGCCUUCAAGGCCAACUUGCGCAACCUCAAGUUCUUCGAGGACCACCUACGCCAGACACGUGGCAAGUGCGGCGCCGGCCACUUUUACCUCGAGUUCCCUUCCAACGGAUCCUUCAUCCCGGCGCGCGACAGGGGCCAGCGGUCUGGAGGCUGGUUCAGCUGGCUGACUGGCAAAGUGCCCCAAAGGCAGGAAGGCAGCACACAAGCCCGAAGCACAGCCACUGCCGCCUACUCGAUGCCGGCCGACACUUCUUCGGCCUAUCGGCGGCGCGCUGGACCAUCUCCAGCAGCUGGACAAUCGGCUUCAUGGAGUGAUGGCCCGCCUGCCGUGCCGCUGGCGCUGCCAAGAUCGCUGGCCACGCAGGUUGACGAUGCCCUUGCGGAAGCCCACGCACGGACCGAUAUCGGGAUAGGGGCCGAGCUGAGCCCUACCAACGAGGAGAGCUCCGCCGAGGCGCAAGCAAAGGACGAAGUCGAAGGCUAUUCGAUACCGGAUGCCCCGGUUGAACAGUCAAACACAUCACAGCAUGCCACCGAACCGCAAGCACUCGCCCCUGGCAGGCUCCGCUCCGCCCCCUCCUUCGAGUCGCUCGAGGUCGAAGAACCGCAAGGCGCGAGCAGGAGGCUGCACAGUCCAGGAGCAUCGGCUGUGAUGGCGACUUCGCCGGGAGUCGUCUGCCCGACUGCCUCGAUCGACGCCGAGUGGUUUGUCAGCACUUCUCCCGAGGAGCGAAAGGGCAGCGCCAUGCGAGAAGGCACGCAGCAGCGACAUAGGGACCGCUACGACAGCGUGUCGGACGCCGGAUUUCGCAGCGAAGACGACUACCUCGCCGGCACCAGCCCCGAGUCGGUCGCGGUGCAUCGACGCGGCCACGACCCCUUUCUCGACCUCGGUGUGGGGUCGGCCCGCUCUUCGCUGUCGCAAAGCCGCCGAGCAGGAUCCCGGAGUGAUGCCACCCAGGCUUCGGGCCUGAGGGCCGCCAGCAGCUCGAAGAAGCAGUGUCCGUCUGCGCCGGACCUCUCGGACGACUUCAAGUCCGGCGGCAAAGCCCCGCAGCGCUCCUCGAGCCAGCAAGGACGCCGCAACGUCUCGUGGCACGAAAGCCUAUCGCGUCCACGCAGCAAGCAGCAGCAUCACAACCCCUUCUUCGAGCAGGACGAGGAGCAAGGCGACGCAGACACAGUGACGGCGCGAAGCAGCAGCGGCCUGGCGUCGCGGCGCGAUCGGCGGGCGGCCGAGACGCGGGCGCAGUGGCGGCGGCGGCGGACGAUGUACUUUGUCGUCUACUCGGCCAUCUUCUGCGUCGCCUACAUCACCUCGCUAGACGCCAACACGGGCUACCUCUACCUCAACUUCGCCUGCAGCGAGUACGGAGCGCUGGCGUCGUUCAGCACGGUGGCUAUCGUGCAGCAAAUGAUCUUCGCGGUGGCCAAGCCGCCGAUUGCCAAGCUGUCGGACGUCUUUGGCCGCGCCGAGGCCUACGUCCUCUCGCUGGUGCUCUACGUGUCGGGCUACGCCAUCGUGGCAUCGACGCGCAGCCUGCGCUCCCUCAUCGGCGGCAUCUGCCUGCAGUCGGCGGGCAACACGGGUGUCCAGGUGCUGCAGAGCAUCAUCAUCGCCGACACCACCACCGCCAAGUGGCGCGGCCUGGUCAUCGGCAUCGUCAACCUGCCCUACCUGAUCAACUUUGCCGUGGCCGGACCCCUGGUCGACGCGGUGAUGCGCAACGGCAGCUGGAGGCUGGGCUACGCAAUGUGGACGGUGCUGGUGCCGCUGGCUGCUACGCCGCUCCUCGUCACGCUGGCCGUCGGGCAGCGGCGAGCACGGCGGGCAGGCCUGGCCACGCGAAACCCGCUGACGGGCAAGGGGUGGACCGAGGCGGCGCGCGAGCUGGCGCGCGAGCUCGACGCCGUCGGCCUGCUCCUCUUCACGGGCGGCUGGAUGCUGAUCCUGCUGCCACUCACCCUGGCGGGGCAUGGCGAACGGUCCGAGGGCGUGCCGCCGGUGCUCCUCUUUGUCGUCGGUGCGGCGCUGCUGGCGGGCUUCUGCUGGUGGGAAACCAAGGCGACGGCGCCCAUCCUGCCGUACCAGUUUCUCGCCAACCGCGCCGUCAUCUGCGUCUGUGUCGUUGGCAUCCUCGACUUUGCCUCGUUCUACAUUUCCUGGACGUUUCUGUCGGCCUUCAUCCAGAUCCUCAAAGGGUGGGACCAGACGCGGACGGGCUACUUUGCCACGACGCAGAACGUCACGUCGACGGUGACGGGCAUCGUCGUGGGCUCGCUGAUGGCCAUGACGCGGCGGUUCAAGACGCUCCUGGUCGGCGGGCUGGUGAUCCGGCUGGUGGGGGUGUCGAUGAUGAUCCGGUAUCGCAACGCCGACGACUCGACGUGGAUGCUGGUGCUCUGCCAGCUGCUGCAGGGCAUCGGGGGCGGGUCGAUCGCCAUCACGAUGCAAGUGGCGGUCCAGGUGACGGUGCGGCAUUCGGACGUGGCCAUCGUCACGGCCCUCGAGCUGCUCACGACCGAGAUCGGGGCGGCCAUGGGCAGCGCGACGGCGGGGUGGAUGCUCAAGUCGUACCUUCCCGCCGCGCUCGCUGCGCACCUGCCGGGCAUGGAGAGGGAGGAGCUCGACGCCGUGUACGGCUCGCUGCAGGCGGCGCUCAAGUACCCGAUCGGGUCGGCGGAGCGCUCGGGCAUCAUUGCCGCCUGGGUCCAAGUGAUGCGCUACCUCUGCAUCACCGCCACCCUCGCACUGCUGCCCGCCCUCUUUUUCGGCAUCGCCAUCCCCGACACCCACCUCCCAGACGUCCACGGUGCUGCAGCGGCAGGCUCAGUCGGGGCCACGGGUGCGGGCGGCGCAUCAUCGCACAAUCACCAUUCGGGCGGAUCCUACCACGCUCGCACCAAGCGGUCGUCGAGGUCCACGUCGAGGUCGAGAUCCAGGUCGAGAACGGGUCACGCGCAUGCGGCAUCGCACUCGGCCUCUGUAUCGCCGGCGCUGACGAGGGAGACGAGGUCAUCCUGGCUCGACGGCGACGGCGACGGCGACGGCGUCGAUGACGAGCAAAAUGUCGACGAGACUAGAGGGACCCGGAAGGAAGCGGACGAACGCAGACCGCUCCUCGCUUAG